AAAAACGCCCAUUUACUUUACUGAGCUCUUACUAGUCGUGCAAGCAAGGUUAACACCAUAAAAUAAAUAAGUUUGCAUUGUUAGACUAUCAAAUGGAGGCAUUACACAGUGUACUCGGCUUGGAGUGGAUGGACUGCAGGAGUGUUUUGAUAUUUCUCUGUGUUUUCCUUUUGUUGGUUGAUGUUUUGAAGAACAGAGCUCCGCCAAACUUCCCUCCUGGACCGUGGGCUCUGCCUUUCCUCGGUGACCUUCACCGCAUGAACCCCACCAGGUUCCACCUGCAGAUUGGAGAGUUUGCAGCAAAAUACGGAAACAUUUUCAGCCUUCGGCUCUUUGGUGGACGGAUCGUUGUCCUCAAUGGCUACAAGCUUGUGAGAGAGGCCCUGGUCCAAAGAGGAGAGGACUACGUGGACCGGCCCUCCAUACCGGUGUUUUCAGCCAUAGCUGGGAACAAAGGUCUGGUGAUAUCGAAUGGCCAUCAGUGGAAGCAGCAGAGGAGAUUUGCUAUCCGUACACUCAGAAACUUUGGUGUGGGCAAGAAGACCCUGGAACUGUCCAUCCAGCAGGAGUGUCAUUAUCUCACUGAGGCUUUUGCCCUUCAGCAAGGCAAGCCUUUUAACACCCAGUCACUGCUGAACAAAGCUGUGUCCAACAUCAUCUGCUGCCUGGUGUUUGGAGAACGAUAUGACUACUCUGACAAGCAGCAGCAGUUCAUUCUUCAGACCUUCAAUGAGUUACUCUACCUAGAGGGAGGCUUUUGGGCACAUCUUUAUAACGUAUUACCCUGGCUGAUGAAGUGGCUUCCUGGACCUCACCAGAGGAUAUUCUUUCUGACACAAACCUUGGUCGACUUCAUACAAAAAAAGAUCCAAGAACACAGAGAAAGCUUGGACCCCUCCUCGCCGAGAGACUACAUCGACUGCUUCCUCGCAGAGAUGGGAGAGAAGGAGGACGAAGACGCUGGAUAUGAUUUAAAGAAUUUGUGUUUUUGUACUUUGGACCUGUUUGUUGCUGGAACUGAAACUACUGCGACUACUUUACACUGGGGACUUUUAUACAUGAUGUACUACCCUCACAUACAAGAGAGAGUCCAGGCUGAGAUAGAUGCUGUGGUUGGUUCAUCCAAGCAGCCCUCUAUGGCCGACAGAGACAACAUGCCGUACACUAAUGCAGUCAUCCACGAAAUCCAGAGAAUGGGAAACAUCCUUCCACUCAAUGUGGUCCGCAUGACGAUCAAGGAAACCACCCUGGACAAGUACACAUUCCCAAAGGGCACCAUUAUCAUGCCCACACUGAUCUCGGUUCUACGUGAUGAGUCCGUGUGGGAAACUCCGCACUCCUUCAACCCUCAACAUUUUCUGGACCAGGAUGGCAAAUUCAGGAAGAGAGAAGCCUUCAUUCCUUUUUCAGCAGGUAAGCGUGUGUGUCUCGGGGAGCAGCUGGCCAGGAUGGAGUUGUUCCUCUUCUUCACCUCCAUCCUCCAGAGGUUUACUUUAUCGGCACCGGCUGGAGAGCAGCCAAGUCUGGAGUACAAGUUAGGAGCCACUCUCUGUCCCAAACCGUACCGCCUCUGUGCCGUACCACGAUAAACCAGCAACACACUGAACAAUCACACAAUGAAUCAAUGUGUUACACUACAUAUAUCUAGCAAUACAUCAAUUUAACUAUAAUUCAGUAAAACCUAAUGUAGACAUUGGUUUUUUUUUCAUCUUAAUCAAUCAUCUUUUUAAAAAUAUUGGAUGUUAUUAAUGUAACCUGCUGUAUUCAAAUAUGCAAUAAAAUCCUUUCUAGCUUUUGAAAUAAAAUAACUGUUUACUAAAUUCCUGCUUUGGAGUACAACGCCCGCAUCACUGCUGACGCUGCACCGAACCGCCUGUCCAUCUCCCGUUCCAUUUUACCCUCACUCGUGAAUAAGAUCCCGAGAUACUUGAACUCCCUUGCUUGGGGCAGUGACUCACUCCCAACCCAGAGGGUGCAAUCCUCCGUUUUCCGGCAGAGAAUCUGCCACUCCACAGGCACUGUACCCGACUUCCACCCGACACUGAAAGACACAUGUCAGCCAAGACAGCCCAACAGUGUCCAGAGCCUUUAGUAUCUCCGGUCGAAUCUCAUCCACUCCUGGCGCCUUGCCACUGAAGAUCUUUUUGACUAUCUCUAUGACCUCUGCCAGGCAUAUGGACGAGUCUUCCCCUGAGUCUUCAGACUCUGCCUCUUCCACAGUGGUUGGGUUCAGGAGUUCCUCAAAGUGUGCUUUCCACCGCUCGACAAUAUCCCCAGUCAAGGACUCCAAGAAGGCUGCGUACUCUGAGAGAGACGACGGAGAAAAUGUUAUUGAUAGAAGGAGGACGAAGACGCUGGAUAUGAUUUUAAAGAAUUUGUGUCUGUGCUUUGUGGCAACAAACUCAAAAACACACUCAAACCAUUCUCUUUCAACUUUAAUUAAAAAGGUAACCAAAUCUGUAAAUUGAUUUUUAUAAUGUUUUUGUUAAGAGACAAAUAAACAAUGAGGAUAAUGCCUUCCUGUUAGGUAAGAAAUUAGUUUGAAAAGCCAUUUAAUAUUAAGAAAAUAAUCAGAUAUUAUGUAGAAAAUACCUACAUUUAUUUAUGAUAAGCUUUUGUAUAAGAAAUGGGCCUUACAUGUACAAAACCACUGUUUCGCUGGUGCUGCUGGUUAUAAAUUACCAGACACUCUACGCUUCAUUAAUGAAUAUGACUAAAUACAACAAAUGUCCAUUUAGUAGCUCUUCUUGGAGCUUUUCAUCAUAUUUCUUCAUCUCAAUCAGCCCAGUUGUCAUGCAGUUUUAGUUUCCUUUUUCUAUAAUUAAUUGUUGAGAUUAAAUUAAUAAUAAUUAGAAAUAAUUAGUCACCUGCUGUUUCCAAGGUAGUUAAUUAACCUUGAAGUUCAACCCUGUAAUCUGUUUAUUUUUUGUUCAUUAAAGCAA